AGUUAACAUAAUGGGCAAGAGAGGAGGCUAACUUUUCAGCUAAACUAGUACCAGACAAUUGAAUGCAUCUUGGUUUGAUGUAAAUUUGUUUAGAAGUGCAAGUUGGAGGAUUUUUUUCAGUUGGGCCUUUGGACAGAGCUAAGCUAGCUAUUUCCCUCAGUGCUAAGCUAGGCUGACCGUCUGCUCUAUAAGUUAGCUUCAUAUUUAACUGACAGAUAUGAAAGUGGUAUUGAUCUAUUCAUCUAACUCUCAGAAAGACAGUAAAUAAGUGUAUUUUUCAAAAUGUCAAACUAUCACCCCUAAACAGCCUCACAUUCACAGCAGUAUAACCACAGCUUUGCAUUGUUGGCCAGUGAAACUUAUUGGAACAAAAUGGAUGGAAGUUCCUGUCUGGCAAAACUGUAAAUCAGUAGUCAUUCUGGCACCUCUAAUUUUACUGUAAUUUUGGAAAAUUAAUUCUCUUUUUUUUCUCAGCCAUACAAAUCCAAACUAGCUUCAGGUUUCAAGAAGACCAUUCAUGUAUCUACAGCAUGUGGUUUAGUGGUAAGCAUGGUCACAUCUCAGCAUGAAGGGGUCGGAUCUUGGACCUGGUUCUUUCUAUAUGGAGUUUGCAUGUUUUCCCUGUAUUCAGACGGUUUCUUCUUGUAGUCCAAAGCCUGGCAGCUCUGGUGAAUUAUAGAUUUCAAGGGUAAAAUAAAUGGUGGAUGGGCACUUGUCGACAGUUUGUGUCUGGUCACACAUGUACGGUUUCACUUGGAUACCUCCGACGUGGAAUUGUCCUCAAUUACCGGGUUAAAGUGUACUUUGGUUUCCUGCAGAUAACCUUUGACCUUGCUUUGUCAUGAUAAAACUGAUAAGCACCACUGUGCAAAGAGGUUUACAUCGUUGGCUUUGAGACCAGCUUCUCUGCCAAACCUUAGAGUCACUUAUUAAAGCAGCUACUGUAAUUGGAGAAUUAAUCUUUGACAUCUGUCAGAGAGUAACUCCUCCCAACCUAAUUAAAGCCUUUAAUAUAAGUGACAUGGGACAGCACACCAGUACAACCACAGAACAGCUUAUCUCUUGAACUUCAUCUGUAAACAGCAUGGGGACUCUUCAGCAGAGAAUCAUCGUUCUUACAGUUUUUCUGUGUCUGAUCUGUGCCAUUCAGGUCAAUUCAAUGCCCGCCCCUGAAGACUGGAAUGGGUUGAUCCAGCGGACCAAACGAUCACUGCUGUGGCGCUGGAACAGCAUGAAGCCAGUGGGUGCCAGCUGCAGAGAUCACUUAGAGUGCGGCACAAAAUACUGCAGGAAAAAUACCUGUUCCUUCUGGAAAUCUCCCUGAAGAAGAUAUGCACAAACACAACUCCAUCAGGGUGGCUGUAUAGAAAGCAAACAUCUGCUUUAUGGACCAAAGAUACCAAAUUAACCGUCUGCAAAAUUACUGCUAUGAUACUCCAGCUUGAACUGAAGACGUGCUGGCAGUUUAUGACUCUGUAUGUUCAGUCAAAGUAAUCUGAUCUGGCACUGCACUGCAGCAAAACAAAGCUGUAAACCCCACAUGAACAAUCAAAUGGCUCCACCUAGACUGAUAUGGAUUUCUAGCAAUUAAUUUCUUUAUAAAAUUUACAGGACAUCAGACAGGCUGUAUGAAUAUGAAAUGGUUUAAUAAGAAAAUAUAAAUAUUAAUUCAACGUUAUUUGU